AUGGACCUUCUGGUGCUGGGCUUGGUGCUGCUGGCCGAGAACUUGGUCACAGGCAGCCCCUCCCAUCGGCGAGACCUCAACCCCAUCAAGGUCGUAGCGCUGGACAUGGCCAAAAACUCCUUCGAUGACCAGUACCGGGGCUGCAGCCACAUGAUGGAGGAGGAGCUGGAGGAGCUCAACCGCACCGAGUUUACCAACAACAGCAUCUACGCCAGGGCCUGGACACUCGCCACCACCGAAGCCGAAUGGCGAAACCGGCGGGGUCGAAUUCCCCGGACACUGCGGCCGGAGCAGGCAAUUGCCCUCAUGGCAUACACCCUGCAGAACCCCCUGCACGGGGAAUUCAACGCAGCCGUGCGCCAGGCCGGGCAGUCCCAUGAGGAAUACCUGGGUGCUUUCCACUUCAAGUCUCUGCAUUUCCUCCUGAGCGAAGCCCUGCGUGCCCUGAGGGACGGCCAGCCCCAACGCUGCCAUCAUCACUUCACCUCCACCUCCCUCCGGAACGAGAGCAUUGUUUCAUUUGGCCAGGACACUUUCUUCUCAGUCGUGACCUGCUAUGGUGUCUCCAUCAGGGACUUUUCCUACUUCCCCGACGAGGAGGAGGUCCUCAUCCCACCCUUCGAGGUCUUCAAUGUCACCAACGUCACACAGCACAGCAACAGUGCCCUCAUCAGUCUCCACUCCAAGGCUGCAAACAGCACCUACAACUGCGUGUUUGUGAAAGGUGACAUCUCUGCAGGACAGUCCCUCCCCGUAGCCCUGGACAUGGCCCCCAACUCCUUCGAUGACCAGUACAAGGGCUGCAGCCACGAGAUGCAGGAGGAGCUGGAGCAGCUCAACUGCACCGAGUUUGCCAACAACAGCGUCUAUGCCAGGGCCUGGACAUUUGCCACCAAAGAAUGGCAGAAGCGGCAGAACCACAUCCCCCAGACGCUGUG